UUCAUGACAAUAUACAUAUUCUUGUCAAUCUCAACGGUUAUACCGCAGGAGAUAGGAAUCUUAUAUUUGCCGCUCGUCCAGCCCCGAUUCAAGUAACUCACAUGGGGUUUGCAAGCUCUUUAGGUGGUUUAUGUGAUUACCAAUUUUGGAAUAAAAGUCGUGAUAAUGACGGUGAUUUAUUGGGUGAAGUAGAUCCUGAAGAGGAUGAUAAAAAUUGGACAUAUCCAGAAAAGAUAAUUUAUAUGCCAACCACAUAUUUUAUUAAUGAUCACAAACAGGGAUUUUAUGAUGAUAAUCUUGCUAAAGGAUACUAUGAUGAUAAUAUUCCUGGAUGUAUACUUGCAAAAAAUCAUAUAAUAAGAUGGUUUUUUGAAGAGGAUCGUCGUUGGGAUAUGCGUAAACAACUUUUUCCAAAUUUAACUGAUGAUUGGGUUAUCUUUGCCAAUUUUAAUCAAUUAUAUAAGAUUGACCCAGUAAUUUUUAAAUUAUGGUUACGAAUUUUGGAAAGAGUACCAAAAUCUAUUCUGUGGAUAUUAAACUUUCCAGAAGAAGGUGCAAAGAAUCUUUUAGAAACUGCACGACAAUGGGCAGGUCCAAAUGUUGCAAGUCAUAUAUAUUUCACAGAUGUAGCGGAUAAAAAACAACAUGUUAUAAGGGGAAGAAUAGCCGAUUUAAUUCUUGAUACACCACAAGUAAAUGCACACACGACAGCAUGUGAUAUUCUUUGGUCUGGGACGCCGAUGAUUACACUUUCGGGACCUGAACACAAGAUGUGUUCCAGAGUGGCAUCCUCUAUAUGUAAUGCGACAGGAUUUGGUGAUAAAAUGAUAGUACCUGAUUAUCAGGCGUAUGAAGACAAGGCAGUAGAAUACGCAAAUUCAGUGGCAUAUAAAUAUUGGUUUGGAUGUUUAUUACCGGGAGCACAACAACGUCUUCAUCGAAAUGGUGUUGGUGAAUUGAUUGAAUUGAGAAAAAAUAUAUAUUUAAACCGAGAAAACAUUCGUCUUUUUGACACACAGCAAGCUGUUAAAGAGCUUGAAAAAGGAUAUGUUGAUGCGUGGGUUCGUUGGGUGAAUGAUAACGAACGUAAUAUUCAUAUAAAGAUAUGA